AUGCCUGAACAAAUCUCCCAUCGGUCCAAGCCUCGUCCCACAGCCUCCUGUCUUCCCUGUCGUGCCCGUAAAGUGAAAUGCAACCGCCUCACCCCCUGCGCCACAUGCGUGGCACGCAACACUCCGCAAGAAUGCAAGUACGCCGCCCCAGAUACCGAUCGUCAAGCCAUUGCUCAAGCCGAGCUGAUCGCGGGGCUCCGAAGCCGGGCGAACCAAUUACGCGGUCAGCUGGGCAUGGCGCGGGGGCUCGAGAUCUUGGAGAUUGAGGAUCAGCAGCCAUCCCCAGAGUCAGACAGCGAGCAGGAAGAACAAUACGCCUCGAUCGAGAACGAGAUCGGAACCGGGGCCCCGUCACGCAAAGAGGAGGAUCAGUUGGCCGAGCUGGAGGUGGUGUAUGCGGCGUUGAGAUGGGGAACGGGUGCGACAGUAGAGGAAGUCAUCCGAAGAAUUCGGAAAGGGGAUCCCUUGGGGGGCAUUGCUCAAGGAGUGGAGUUGGGGAUGGGUCCGGGAUUAGAAGACGGUGUGGUGGUCCUGGAUUGA